AUGAAGCUUGUUCACUUCCUCAUGAAACUGCGUAAUGAGCAGGUUACUAUCGAAUUAAAGAAUGGCACAACAGUAUGGGGCACUCUUCAAACAGUGUCGCCUCAAAUGAACGCUACGCUCACAGAUGUGAGAUUGUCGCUGCCCAGUAAAUCAGCAAAUAGCGCCAUUGCGGGAAUGUAUUUGAGUGGUGGACAACCAAACACAGAACGGAAUACUACCUCGCUUCAGUAUAUCAACAUACGAGGAAAUACCAUAAGACAGAUAAUCUUACCGGACUCGUUAAACCUUGAUUCGCUGCUGGUGGACGAGAGGCACCUUAACAGGCUGAGAAGAAGCGGAAAAGUUAUAAACGAUUCCAAUAGGAAAAGAAGGAUGGAAUACAAUGGAAAUUCUGCCAAAAGAGUAAAGCGCGCUUUUUAG